AUGACUGCUAACUCUCCACCGGUCACCGAUACCCCUGGCUUUGGAAGAGGUGGUGUAAAGGCCCCUGGCUUUGGAAGAGGUGGUGCAAAGGCUCCUGGCUUUGGAAGAGGUGAUGCUAAGAACCCUGGCUCUGUAAGAGGUGGUGCAAAGGCCCCUGGCUUCGGAAGAGGUAGUGAAAAGGCCCCUGGUUUUGGAAGAGGUGGUGAAAAGGCCCCUGGCUUUGGAAGAGGUGAUGCUAUGAUUCCUGGCUUUGGAAGAGGUGAUGCAAAGACCCCUGGCUUCGGAAGAGGUGGUGCAAAGGCCCUGGCUUGGGAAGAUGUGGUGCUAAGGUCCCUAGCUUUGGAAGAGGUAGUGAAAAGGCCCCUGGCUUUGGAAGAGGUGAUGCAAAGACUCCUGGCUUCAGAAGAGGCGGUGCAAAGGCCUUGGCUUUGGAAGAGGUGGUGCUAA